CUCAAGCUACACGUCCGACACCCCAGUCUUCUCUGUUCUUCUCUGAGGCAUCAGCUGGUCUUUGCCUCCGAGGAGCCGCCAUGUCAGACACUGAGGAGAUCGUGGAGGAGUAUGAGGAAGAAGAGGAGGAGGAGGAGGAGGUGAAUGAGGAGGAAGUUGAGGACGAAGAAGAAGAAGAGGAGGAGGAAGAGCAGGAGGAUGAUGAAGAAGAGAAGAAAGGAGAGCAUGAAGAAGAGACCAGACCAAGGCCGAAGACGACCUACGUGCCAAACAUUGCCCCUCCAAAGCUCCCUGAUGGCGAGAAGGUGGACUUCGACGAUCUCCACCGCAAGAGAGUUGAGAAGGAUUUCAACGACCUCCAGACGCUGAUCGAGCUGCACUUCUCCAACCGCCAGAAGGAGGAGGAGGAGCUGGUGGCGCUGCGCACCCGCAUCGAGCGCCGCCGCGCCGACAGGGCGGAGCAGCAGCGUGUCCGCACUGAGCAGGACCGCGAGCGCCAAGCUCGGGUGACCGAGGAGAAGACGAGGCGCGAGGAGGAGGCGGCCAAGCUGCGCGCCGAGGAGGAGGCCAAGAAGAAGAAGAUAUUCACCAACAAGUCGUUUGGUGGCUACCUGCAGAAGGUGGACCAGAAGAAGGGCAAGAAGCUGACGGCAAGAGAGGAGAAGAAGAAGGCCCUGAUGGAGCGCAGGAAACCGCUCAACAUCGACCACCUGAACCAAGAGAAGCUGGUGGAGAAGGCGCAGGAUCUCUGGCAGUGGCUCCACCAGCUGCACGCCGAGAAAUUUGAGCUGGCCGAGAAGCUCAAGAGGCAGAAGUACGACAUCCACGUGCUGCGGAACCGAGUCAGCGACCACCAGAGGGGCUCCAAAGCGUCAAAAACCUCCCGCGGUGCCAAGGGCAAGUCUGGCUCUUGGAAGUGAGGAUCAGAAUCCCUGGCAACUGGACUACCAAUUUUUUUUCCUGGACUAUUCAGCUUGAAUUAACAACUUGCAUUGUAAAAGAGCUAAUUUGGGGCAUGAGUUGAGGGGAACGUCCUUGUUUCUGGGCCCUGGGCUCACAAGAUGUGGUUGAAGGGUUGAUCUUGUAAAAGUAUUUUCCACCAUUGCGGUUUUCAUGACUGGUUUUGUGUGCCCAUGUUUUUUUUUUUCCUUCAAGAUAUUCUGUAAUCUGUGACAAACAGUAUAACCUUUUCAAACAAGGUGCACAAGUGGUAUUUCCUUUUCCAAUAAAUCAAGACAUAUCAACACAA